CCACUUCUAACUGAACACUGUCAUGCCUUGACACAAUAACUGAGUGUAUAACACGAACAUAUCUUGCACCAGAUUCUUCUAAAAUGCGAUGUCAAAAAGGAAUUCAACGUGAAUCAAAAACUCGCUAAAUGAGCAACAGUUGCUGCAAGUUUGACCUGAUUGACCCCAUCUUCCCUCGACUGAGUUUUUCUGCACAUUCUGUUGGGUACAUCCGGCCUAUGUGCAUGGUGCCUGGACUGUGGACAGUCGAGAUGGUGCUGAUGAAAGGAUGGCGAUAUGGACUGUUUAUAACGGGGGUUGUGGGCACCAUCGGGGUAGCCUUAUAUCCAAUUAUAAUAGACCCUUAUUUAAAUCCAAAAAAGUGGCAGGACAUUCAGAAAACAGCCAGGGAAGGAAUUGACAGAGAAAAGAUACAGCCAGGAGGCAUGAAGGUUUGGUCAGAUCCUUUUGAUCGCAAAAAGUAGCUGGAUGAUUAUCGUAGAUAUUCAUGUAUACAUCGAUGUCUGUGACAUGUUGAGACUACAUUGUGUGAGAUGGACAGCAUGCGUGUUUGGACUCUUCACAGUGUUUCCAUUACUUUAGGAAGUAUUACCACUUGUGUGACUUGACACUGUCCAUAUCUCUACAACAUGGUGGCUGUAAUAAAUGGAGUUUUGUAUCACUGCAUGUAUUGGAUCAGUGUCCAAAGGACUGUUUGUACAAGUCAGCUGCAAAUGUGAAAACACGACCAAGCUGUGUGACGUUGAUAAGAUGGCAGAAAAAUGAUUGAGUGUUUUGUGGUAUUGAAACAAAUGCUGUCUGUCCGAAAACCUUGAGAAGGCAUGUACAAUAUGUUGCAAGGAUAAUGCUUACAAUAUCUGCUAAUCAUAGUUGUGAUAUUUGUCCUCUUUCUUUUUUUUUUUUUUUUUUUUUUGGCGGGGACUAGUAUUUUAAUAUCAGGACGAACCAGCGUGAUCAAACAGUCAAUAACCCCACUAAUAAAGGUAAAGAUUGUUGGGUUAACAGAAAGUAACCAAAAUGCUAAGGAUAACCUACAUAUGUAUAAUAUUAUGUGUGGAUGUGGGUCUGAUAAAAGUCUAAUCGCGACAGGUGUUUUAAGGUGUCAACACUUCUUUUUGACAACUUGUGUAUCUUACGAGUGCUAGUAAGAAUUUGUAAGUCAAGAAGCAAGAAACACAGAUAUUCUACAAAUAAAAUAUUGACAUGAUUUUCA